CCUCCUAGUACAAGUUACGCCUCCUACAAGUUACGCCUCCGUCUUGCAGGACGCAGACAGAUACUGACGUCAUCUGGUGCUGGGGGCGUGCCGAACAGAGGACACCGUCUUGACCCGCACAGAGACCGGAUGAUUAAGAACGGGCACCAUGCGGCGGACCGGGAGGCGGAGAGAGGCGAGCCUACGGGCGGGUCCGACCUGGACCAGAGGAGCGUCGUCAGGGUGUGGUGUGACGGCUGCUACGACAUGGUUCACUACGGACACUCGAACCAGCUGCGGCAGGCCAAGGCCAUGGGCGACUACCUGGUGGUGGGGGUCCACACCGACGCCGAGAUCUCGCGGCACAAGGGCCCCCCGGUCUUCACCCAGGCGGAGCGCUACAAGAUGGUGCGCGCCAUCAAGUGGGUGGACGAGAUCGUGGAGGGGGCGCCCUACGUCACCACGCUGCAGACGCUCGACCAGUUCAACUGUGACUUCUGCGUGCACGGAGACGACAUCACGCUCACGGUGGACGGCGAGGACACGUACGCCGAGGUGAAGCGCGAGCAGCGCUACAGGGAGUGCAAGAGGACCCAGGGCGUCUCCACCACCGACCUGGUGGGUCGCAUGCUGCUCAUGACCAAGACCCACCACAGCAACAUGGACAAUCCCGACUACCUGCAGCACACAGACAACUUCGGGAAGGGUCCUAAAGGCCACAGCCCGUGGACCGGCGUCUCCCAGUUCCUCCAGACCUCCCAGAAGAUCAUCCAGUUUGCGUCGGGGAAGGAGCCUCAGGCCGGAGACACCAUCAUCUACGUGGCCGGGGCCUUCGACCUCUUCCACAUCGGCCACGUUGACUUCCUGGAGAAGGUCUACAACCAGGCAGAGAAGCCUUACGUCAUCGUUGGCCUGCACUUUGACCAGGAAGUGAACCGCUACAAAGGGAAGAACUACCCAAUCAUGAACGUCCACGAGAGGACGCUCAGCGUCCUGGCCUGCAGGUACGUGUCUGAGGUGGUGAUCGGGGCACCCUACGCCGUGGGCCGGGACCUGCUGGAUCACUUCAAGGUCGACCUGGUGUGUCACGGCAAGACGGAGGUGUUCCCGGACAAGGACGGAUCUGACCCCUACGCAGAGCCCAAGAAGAGGGGCGUGUUCCGGACGCUGGACAGCGACAACGGCCUGACCACAGACGACAUCGUCCAGAGAAUCAUCGAGAACAGGCUGCUCUUUGAGGCCAGGAACCAGAAGAAGGAGGCCAAGGAGAUGGCGGUGUUCGAGGCGAUGAAGAGUAGGGGGGAGACUACGGAGGACGCCGCCAAGUUGGCCUCCCAGUAGUGGCUCGGCGGGGGUCCCAGCGGGGGUCCCAGCGGGGGCCACCAGCCCCCUGCCGCCCCGGGGGCGGGCCCGUGGUGAAACCACCGCUCCAGGGGCCUCAGGGGGUCUGCAGUACCUGAGCCGUACGUUACCUACCUGUGGGACGGCUCCCCGGGCUGCUGAGGGCCCCCGGCCGUAGGAAGGCGUCAGCAUAGAGCUCUGAACUCAGAGACCCAACACUUCAGUUUAACCAGGGUUUAAAAGCUUUCUUUAAUUAUCGCUGUGUGUCUGUGUGAGUGCGUGUGAGAGUGUGUAUGGUCGAGAGUGUGUAUGUGUCUGCGUGUUAGGAUUAGUGUGUUUUUACCCCUUCUAUAUUGACUAAUUGAUAUUUAUGUAAUUUGCUAAUUAUCCUCUAGAUUUUAAAUUACAGAAUUUUAAAAUAUGUGUGCUUUAACUAAUUAAGCUGAUCGUGUCUUCAGCAAGAGAAAUGUCACUGAAUUAUAAUACAUGCAAGUUCUGGCAUAGUCAUUUAAAAAACGAGAAUCUAUUCUUUAUACACACACAAAUUGAAGUGUGUGUGUGUGUGUGUGUGUGUGUGUGUGUGUGUGUGUGUGUGUGUGUGUGUGUGUGUGUGUGUGUGUGUGUGUGUGUGUGUGUGUGUGUGUGUGUGUGUGUGUGUGUGUGUGUGUGUGUGUGUGUGUGUGUUUCUGUGUGGGGGCGGGGGAUUACUGUAAAUAUUAGUGCCUAACUUAGGUCUGUACAUUGGAACCAGCGAUGAUGUAUAACAACCAUUGAUCUGGUUUAACAUGAGUCUAAAGACUAUCGCUGACACACAACCUGCCGCCUGGAAGAAAAAAAGAAGAUGCAAGACCCCAGAGAAACAUUCUGGGCGAUGUUGGAGUUUGUCUGUCAAACCCAAAUCAACACACCUGUCCUGCACUGCUUUAGUAGCAUGGUUUAUUGAGGUCCGGGCCCCACAUAAAAGCCCCAUGUGUGUUCGAAACUGCAGAGUUUUCACCACAUGCAACAUGUAACGUGUGUGAUAACUGAUUCUAAUUAUUAUUUUGGUUAUUAAAUCAUGCAAUAGCCUCCACCUUGCUUCUGGGUUGUGCCUAACGGUGUGUUACAUAUCCUCAUAUUCUGCCAUAUUGAACUGAUGUGUGUAAUGUAUAAUGUUAAAGGUCCCAUGACAUGCCACCAGGUGUGGGCUGAUUAGCCGGUACAAGCCGUUUUGGAAAUCUGUCCCUAAUGACAUCAGAGGUGGGCGGGUCCACCUAGAUGUGUGCUGGAUAGAUCCGUCUACCAGCCUACCCAGUGGACUGUAGCAAACGUUGCUCAUCUAUCCGUCACACUCCUAGGUGGACACGCCCACCUGUGACCUCAUAAGGGACAGAUUUCCAAAACGGCUUGUAGCGGCUGAUCAACCAACACCUGGUGGCAGGUGCUGAAGCACUGCGAUGUGAGGCCAGUUGGUUUCCGGUCACGCAGGUGAGCUCAGGUUCCACCUGGCGUCACCUCCCAUGAAGUCCAGCAGUGGGAGGCCGGACGGCCGGCGGUUCUGAAAACUUUGGUGCGACGCAAGCUCGGUGGGACGAGGGAGAAGCGAUCUUUUCCUGGGAUAUAAAGUAGUUACCCAGAACCCUGUCCUAAGGGAAUCCGUCUCACGAUCGGACCUCCAUCCGGCAGACACGCCAAGUAGAAAAGGAAACGGAGACGCUGUUGAAGGUCCGAUCCUCGCUCCUCGUCACAGUAUACAAACCAUAUCGCUUUCAGUACAGCAAAGAUGUUCAUAGAGCCAAGUGCAAGUACUAACAAUCACUAGGCUAACCCAUUCCCCGUGUACAGCAAUGCUAGCAGCUACUGCAGAUGUUACACAAUUAAGUACUAUGGAUAAGUGCAAUGUAGACUAAGUGCGUACAUUAAGUGCCAGGACGUACAACGUACAAUGGUGGC